GCGACAAUAAUUUUCAUUGGCAUUAUCCCUACGAGAACCUUAGCUCCUAAUGGCGCCCAGUCAUCUGGCCAACCCAGUAAGUACCCGGCCGAUAUUUUCACCUGGCAUACUUGGGCCAGAUAUACUGACACUCGCUGCAAGAGUCCACUAGGAUUUGGUGCCUUUGCAACCACCCUGAUGACCCUUUCGCUUUCCAUGAUGGGCUUCCGUGGCGUUUCAAAUCAGACUGUAUUCAUUGCUAACCUUUGCUUCCUCGCGGGGUUGGGCCUCCUCAUAUCUGCGCAAUGGGAGAUGGUGAAGGGCAACACUUUUGCGUAUACAGUACUCGCUGCAUUUGGAUUUUAUUACGGCGGCUACGGCGUAUUGCUGAUGCCCUCGAUGGGUGUUAUAGAGGCCUACGGCAGUGAAACAGCCGAAUAUCAUAGCGCAUUUGCAUUCUACCAGCUAAUUUGGUGUUUUCUGAAUUUCUUUUUCCUACUUGCCGCUUUACCAACACAUGUUCCGAAUAUUGUUGUUUAUGCCGCCUUGGAGCUAUGCUACAUCUUCAAUUGUACCGCACACUUUAUGCGGGCAGACGGCAGAUUGGCGUUAGCUGAGGCUUUCACAAAGGUGGCUGGUGCCUUUGGCUUCCUAUCGGCCCUGGCUGGGUUUUACCUGCUGGCACAUGGAUUAUGUCAGGAUACAUUUCCAUUUAGAAUCCCCUUAUGUGAAACCGGUGGGCUUUUUCGGCGUCCACCUUCUAUUCGUGAGAAGAUGGAUGAAAUUGGUGCUGUUUGA